GAGGGGGGGGAAGUGGCGGGUCAGAAUUCCGAGACAGGCGGACAACGAAUCGCCGGGCUCGCGCGCGGUUUCCUCUUCCGGGGUCUCCAUUUUGGCGCCUAGCAACGGGAAGUCAAGCCUCGGAACGGUGAAUCGGUUCUGGAAGCCCCGCGGCCUCAGGCUCCGCUUAGUUCCCACUUGUCAGCCGGGGCCCCGUGAGGCGAAUGUUUCCUAGGCCUCUGGCCUAGAAAUGUGGGGCGGACGUCGAGAGGCUUCUUGGCCUUCGCUCCUGACAGUGGGGAAGCUGAAGAACUUUUCUCCAAGUGUGUGAGGAGAAGAGGAGGAGGACGAGGAGAACCAACAGCAGUCACAGUAGGACUCGCAGCCCGCACUUUCCCGUGUUUAUUCACUGAAAUGUUCGUGGAAGGGAAUUGAGCACACAUAUCUCUGGCCAAACUUCCUGUUGUGCGCGCACACACCUGUAGUCUUCGGGCAAAAAAAAAUCUUAUUAAAACAAGUUGGGAACCAGAAAACGGUGCAUGUAGAUGCUGAUGAUGCACUAGUCACCUUCCCUUAGACAGCAUGUCGAAGAAAUCGGAGGCUCCACUGUCCUUAUCUGACUGUCGCUGUAAUAUCUGCAUGGAGAUUUUACUGGAACCAGUCACACUGCCAUGCAACCACACUCUCUGCAACUCCUGUUUUCAGCUUACAGUGGAAAAGAGCAGCCUGUACUGCCCUUUCUGUCGUCGGCGAGUCUCUUCUUGGGCACGAUAUAAUGCCCGCAAUAACACUCUUAUUAAUUUGGAAUUAUGGGAAAAGAUUCAAAAACAUUUUCCAGAAGAAUGCCAACGCAGAAUUAGUGGACAGGAUGUGGAAGAAGAUAUGUGCCUACAUCAGCCAGUGCGCUGUUUAAGUAAACCUGGAGAAUUAAGACAGGAGUAUGAAGAAGAGAUAAGCAAGGCAGAAGCAGAACGACUGGCUCAUGAAGAAGAAGCAAGCAAUGCAAGCAAAGAGUAUAUUCAAAGGCUAUUGGCAGAAGAGGAAGAAGAACAGAGGCUAGCAGAAGAAAGGAAAAAACAGAUGGAAGAACAAUUACUACUAGAUGAAAUAUUGGCACGGAAACUAAGUUGCGAUCUGAACAGCUCUGCUGAGGAGCAAAUGAACAGCCUGUCACAUGGACCCUCCCCAGUUGAUUCUGGCAAAACAUCAAAAAGCAAAAGCUGCAGUUCUGUGGACAUUAAAAAGUAUUUGUCUCCAAAGCCCUUUAAUUCCUUGCCUCCAAAGAGGUGCUUUAAAAAUUUGCAAGAAGAACGCUCUGGCUCCUUUUCUGAGGAGAGCAGCAACACUAAAAACAUCUGUACAUCAAGAGAAAAGGGAAGAGAAAAUGAAAUGCCCACACUAUCUCCACAGGCAAUCAGGGAGGCAAAGAGAGGUGCAGAUGGUUAUGACUAUAAAAAUGAGAGUUUUACAAUAGACAUGCAGUUGAGAACAUCUCAAGAAUCCUUCCCUGAAGCAGCAGUUGAUUCAUACUUAAAUGAUAAAAGGAAAAGAACGUUCUCACAAACUGAUGAUGAAGAAGAGAUGGAUGAUAUAGAAAGGCAGAUAAGUUUGGAGCAGCAGUUUUAUGAAAGGCAAAAGCAAGAAGAAGAGGAUAGACGUCUGGCUCUGAAGCUUCAGAGGGAAAUGGACAAAGAACAGAACAUGCUAAAUCGCAAAAAAGGGUCUCCAGAUGAAUACCAUUUGCGUCCUACAACAUCUCAGUCAGUAAAAGAAUCUCCAGUUGCAAGGAAACGGAGCAGGCUUUCAAAGAACUCAAAGUCUUCAAACAGCCCACUUGAAACAGAUAAGCGAAAACUACACAGAAGCUCCCACAAUGAGAACUGGAAACCCUCUAACCAGCUCCAGGCAAAGUCACCUUCUGUAAAAGGAGGAAAUGUUUUGAAUUGUGUCAACAGCUCUAGCUCAAAAGAUGCAGAAGUGCUUUCAAGCAAGCAAAAAACCAUUCUUCAGAUGUUUAAGAGGCCUGCAACAAACUAGAUGAACAGUAAUACUUUCAUGACAUUGAUUGGAGUUAAUGAAGGGGCACUGUUGAAAAGCUGACCUAGUCAAACAAUUAUUUCUUCAGGGAUCAAGUGCUCUCAGAAUUAAUAUGAAACUUGAUUGGGAAUCAGUUGUGCCUGCUGUAUGCCCACUUGCUUUUACUUGUUGCAAUUCACUUCUUUAAUGCAUGCAUGGUAACAGGUUGCUCUGAAUGUCAAGAGAGAUGUUUGUUUAAAACCAUCAUGCACUACAGCUCAUGUAGUGUUCACUGUGUAAUCAAACCGGUUUCCUAUUACCCCCUCCCAGUUCCCUACCACAACAAUAGUAAGAAAAUUUGAAAAAAUAUGUAAACUUGGCUUGAACUGAGACAUCACUCUGUUUGAUGGGUCAGUGUAAGCUUGACACUGUUGAUGAUGUUGAUUCAGACUUACACUUUUAUUGCUGGAACACAUAGCAAAUGACCCAAAUGUCAUCCUUCACAUUUCCCCUAUAUAUAUCUGCCCUGAACUUAAGAAUUCCUAUUUUUUUCCCUAGUGUUUUUUCCUGUUUCUUGGAAUUAUUUGGUUAGAACAUAAUCCAUUAAAAUGGCUUUCAAGCUUCAUGAGAAAACUA